CUCGCACAGCAAUGACAACGGCGAAAACAUAGGACAAGGCCGUCGUUUGGACCCAAACCAGGGCCAAACGCUGCGUGUUUGUUACACAACUUUGCGACAGAGCCAAGGCCGGCCGUUUAAUGCGCCCUCGCAGUUAUUAUGUCCUGUUAAUUAUAGCGCUGGUGCUGAUUAGCGUUGCAUCAGACACGCUAGACGCAUCGACAGGAGCUGAACAGGCGUCAGGGGGCGGCGGCCGGGCGGCGCCCAGCGCAGCGUCCGACGGUGGCCAACAGCCGGAGCUCAGCAGCUCGUCGGGGGCUGGCGGCACAUCAGAUGCAAGUGCACACGCAGCUGCGUUGCCGGAUGAUGUGCAGGGCUCAACAAUAGCUCGCGGCGGCUCGGGGGGCGCUGAGCUCACUGGUGCAUCCCCGGCGGCGGCUACAGCUGCUACUGCCGUAGGGAUAGAGGUGCAGGGCCUAGCAUCUGAUGCGACUACGGUGUCGAAUGCUUUAAAGCCGGCGGCAGUGACCACAGGGCAUCAGAGUAGCGGUGGUAGUGCAACUGUGGGGGGGGAUGCGAGCUCGGCCGGUGCACCGCCGCCGGCACAGCACCUGAAGCCACUGGCGUCGCCGUCAACAGCAGGUGAUGCCGGGAGUGGUCACGCUGCACCCGCAAGCCGGGUGGGUGGAGAUAAGGCUGCCGCUGUUGACACGCGGUCCAGCCAGGCUGGGGGGCCGGAGGCAGUUUCCACGCCGGCGGCGAGUGCUGCGGGUGCUCCGGCUGCAGCUGCUGCUGCAGCUGAUGCCCCGCUAGCAAAGGGUGCUGCUGCCACGCCACCCUCCGCACCAACAGCCGCUACACUGGACGGCACUUUGUCGGCGGAAGCUAGGGCAGGAGCUGAAGUAGCCGCUCCGGCUGGGGCAGCGGCCACGCCGCCUGCUGCCAGCGGCACGCAGGCAGCCGCUGCCGAUGCGGGCGGGGCGCCCGCGAGCCCGGCAGCGGCUGCGGCUGCAGCAGGGUCUGUACCACCACCGGCAGCAGCGGCCACACAGCCGGAGACGCAGCGGAAGCGGAGCACGCACACUGCGAUCCCCAAGCCCGAGGAGUUCGUGAUGUCCAUUCCGGCCCAGGACCUGAACGUGCUGACUGAUCCUACGGCAGCGGCGGCCAUGGCGGCGGCCGCGGCUGCGCAGGUGGGUGGCGGCUUGGCGCCCGGCAUGGAAGACAUCUUCGUAGAUGGCACGGCUGGUGCCCCAAACUACGGCGGGGAGGGUGGACCGGACGGCCGAGCUGCGGCUGACGCUGCUGGCAGUGUCGUCGUUGGCGGAUCGGGACAGGGGGCCGGUGCCGGCGUGCCAGCAGACGCUGGUGCCGCCGCAUUGGGCGUGCCAGGGUCUGGGGGUUCUAGUAGCGGCGCCGCCGCAGCGGGCGCAGCCGGCGCGGGCCCAGGCGGUGCUACAGGCGGGGCCGCAGGCGCAGGCGCCGCGUCAGCGGCCUCCGGCGGCACCGGCGGCGGCGCCGGCCCAGACCUGGCUGCGGGUGUCCUCCUGGAUGACGAUGACGACGGUCAGCGCAAGAUUAAUCUGGCGGCUGCGUCCGACGGCGCCAGCAUCGUGGCCGCCAACAAAGAGGCCAAGCGGCCGGAUCGGCUCAUUGACGGCGACGACGACAGCUACAUGAAGAACGCCUGCAGCGCCUCCAAGUGGGUCAUCGUGGAGCUCAGCCAGCUGGGGCGAGUGGACGAGAUCAAGAUCACGAUGAAGGAGAUGUACAGUUCCCGCGUGCGCGACUUCCUGAUCAAGGGCCGCCAGUCGCACCCCAAGAAGGACGGCUUGGCGGACUAUGGGCGCGGGCUGGAGUCGGAGGGCUGGCAGCUGCUGGGCACAUUCCGGGCCGAGAACAAGAAGGGCAGCCAGACGUUCCGGCUGCCGCGCAAGGCACGCGUGCGCUACCUGCUGCUGCAGGUCCUGACCCACUACGGCUCGGAGGAGAUGUGCGCGCUCAACGGUAUGGAGGCACGCGGCGUCACCGCGGCGCAGGAGCUGGAGGCGGCGCUGUCGCGGCCGCUCAGCGCCACGCCGCCACCACCGCCGCCAUUAAGUCCACCGCCGCCGCCUCCACAGCCUGCCACGCCAGCAGCCGCGGGUGCGCCUGCAGCUGCUGUUACGGGCCAAACGCGGCAAGCCGCUCCCGCCGCCGCCACGACGCCAGGAGGCAGCGUGGAGCCCAUUCCCCUGCCGCCUGUGGUACCUGCGGGGUCGCCUGGGGCAGCUGCUGCGCCGGCGGCAGCCCCCUCGGCUGCAGCCACCGGCCCCACGGCCGCCGCAGAUGCGGGCCCCUCAGAACACAACUGCACCAGCAAUGGUAGCGGGGGUGGUGGCGAGGGCGGAAUAGACGCUGCAGCACAGGCUGCGGGAGCUCCAACGCCUGCAGCUGGGACCAGCCUCGCUCCAGUGGUGCAGUCUAGCACCGCCAGCGCGGCCGCGGCGGGCAGCUGCGAGGUGCCCGGCACGUGUUCCGCCUCAGGCUCAAAUGAGCUCGACAAGGAUUCGCAGCCACAGCAGCGUGAGGCGGUGGUGAAUGAGACCUUCAGCGCUUCGGAGCGACAAGCGGCUUCGGACGAGGAGGGUGCUGGGCGGAAGCCGGCGGCUGUGGAGGCGCCUGAGCCAAGCACGAUCACGGCGCCUGGCGAAGCUGCAGGCGCAGACACUGCAGCUACAGCGGCCAAGCCGCCAUCGGAGGUCAUCAGCGCCAAGUCUGAUGCACUGGCAGGCAGCGGCAGUAGCGAUGCGGACAGAGCAAACAAGGCGGCGGCUCAGGGGGGCACUGGUGCGGCAACGGCCGGUCAGGGCGCUGCGGGCGUCGAGCAGCGCGACCCGGUGCGGUCACCUGGCAGCAGUGUUGGUGACAGCUUGACGACUGGCACUACGCCUGCGCCGCCAGCACCGCCGCCGAAGGCGGAAGCAGGGAAGGCUGGGGGCUCUUCUACGCCCUCUAGCGCAGCGGCUGCAAGCCCAGAGACGACCGCCGCAGGCCGUGCGUCCGGGGAGGCUACCUCAACAGUUGGUAGCUCCUCAGGCGCCGGCACAGCGGCCACGGCACCGGCUGCUGCAAGCACGCCUCCGUCCGCGAACGUGGGCGGUAAUGCGGAUGCGCAGGCGGCACAAGAAAGGGCCACGUCCAUACUGGAUGCGGCCGGCUCUGCAGGCGCCUCUGUUGUGCCAAGCAACGGCAGUGUGCUUCCGCCGGGGCCACCCCCGCCGCAGAUGACGCCGCCAGCCGGGCCGGCGCCUGCCAGGCCUGCCGCAGGCUCAGAAGCUGCGGGCGCCUCACCUGCUUCCGCGUCUGCGCCCACAGCCGCCAUCGACGGUGCCAGCAGUACACCAGCAGCUACCAACGCGACUCCACACCCCAAAGCGCCUGCAGAUGCGGCGGCGGAGGCGAGUGGCGCUCUGGACGCAACGUCUGCGGGAUUGGCUGCUUCUUCAAAUGCCACGCUGGGCAGCGGCGCAGAAACGUCUGGCCAGGGCGGCGACGGGGGCACGCUACCACCCUCAGGCGCUGUGGAUAACGCGCAUCUACCAGGCGCCCCUGAGGGUCGGUUGCUGACCAACAGCGAUGGCAGUCUGCCGCACCCCGCGCCCUUGUCUACCUCGCCCGGCGACGCCUGGGCAGCUGCGCACGCCCACACGCAGCCGCAGCCCGUCACGCCACAGCCCGCGCCACCCGCCCACGGCACCGCGCCACUCGCUGGCGCAGCCGCAGCAGCCGCGGCCGCCGUCACAGCCGCCGCGUCAGGCGGCACCUCAGGCGUGCCUGCGUCUGCCGUGCCUGCACCUGCACAGACGCUGCCGCUCGACACUCUGCUGUCCAUGCUGGACGGCGGGUCAGCCAGCAAGCCGCGGCUGGCGGGCAACUUGUUCGACGUGAUCAAGCAGGAGAUGAUGAUGCUCAAGCUCAACCAGACGCGGCUGUGGGCCUACAUCCACGCGUUGGUGGACGCGCUGAACGCACGGCAUGAGGAGCUGGAGGCGGAUGCGCAGGCCAUGGAGGACAAGAUGACCCAACUCGACGCGGCGCUAGCGCUGGCGCCUGCGCAGGCCGCGCAGCGCGCCGGCGAGGCCACGGCGCCAGCAGUUGAGGCGCUAGCCGCACGCCUGGACGCGUUGGAGGUCCGGGCACGCCGUGAUGAGGCGCUGAGCACGGUGGUCUUGCUGUACGGCAGCGCGGUGCUGGGCAUUGCGGCGGCGGCGGGACUGGGCGGGGCCGCUAGCGGCCGGCCGCGGGGGCGAAGCCUGCUGUGGUGGCUGGUGGCGACGCUUGCGCUUGCAAAUGCCGUGCUGGGGCUUGCGAUUAACGCGGGCGCGGUGCGCGGCGUGUGGCAGGGCCGCGGCCGGGCGGCGGCGGCGGACGUGAGGGACCUGCUGUUGCACGCAGUACAGCAGGUCAGCAGCUGGAAGUGGGCAGUGGGGUCAUGGGUGGGCUGGGUGGCCGGCUCAUGGCGGGGCAGGCCGUGGCGGUAGAUGACUGAGGCUUGAAGGGCGGGCUAUAGGUAGAACGCCGGGAGGGUAGGAUGGCCGCAGUACUCGCACUGUCAGCAAAUAGGGUACAACGCAUGCCGGUCAUCAAAGACGCACGGGCGGCGGAAACGUUGGUCCUGAGAGUUUAUGUGCACAUGCGUUGGGAGCAAGCCUGUGAUUACUACAGUGAACUUGACUAUAGUACUGAAUGCUGCGUGGGUCCACAAACUGAUACAUCUCGUACAUUUCGUGGAGCCAGACCGCCAGAUUGCUAGGUGUGUUACAAAACGAAACGAAAGCCCGCCUUGCUAGGUGUGUGCACGUGUGUGUGUGUGUGUGUGUGUGUGUGUGUGUGUGUAUGUGUGUGUGUGUGUGUGUGUGUGUGUGUGUGUGUGUGUGUGUGUGUGUGUGUGUGUGUGUGUGUGUGUGUGUGUGUGUGUGUGUGUGUGUGUGUGUGUGUGUGUGUGUGUGCGUGCGUGCGUGUGCGUGUGCGUGUGCGUGUGUGUGCGUGUGCGUGUGCGUGUGCGUGUGCGUGUGCGUGCGUGUGCGUGUUUUCAUAGGCGGAUCACAAGAAGAAUAGGACUGCAGCUUGACGUCUGCCCAUUGAGACUGAAGUACGUUAGUUGCUGCAGGUGCUACAUGCGUGAACGGUAUAGCAGUGGGUAGGUUGGCGUCGUGAUUCGGUGCAGGCUGCGCGCGCAGGAUGUAUCUGUCCACGGUGCAAAUUGGGUACUUGGGCAGUUGCUGUGAUGAUAAGACGGAUUAGGGCAGCAAGGCGACAUGUAGCUUGAUGCCCGCUUGGAUCAAGGAGCGAAGUUUAACUUGUGGCAGAAUGGCCUAUCCGGUAACGACGGGGGCCCAUGGUAUGUCCUGGGCUCGGG